CAGCAACAGACAAACAUGAAUAUGAAGGGCAUGGCUACAGUCCUGGCUGUGAUAUUCUGUGCUACAAUUGUUCAAGGCUUCCCCAUGUUCAAAGGGGGACGGUGUCUUUGCACAGGCCCUGGAGUAAAAGCAGUGAAAGUGGCAAAUAUUGAGAAAGUCUCCAUAAUUUACCCAAGUAAUAACUGUGACAAAACAGAAGUGAUUAUCACCCUGAAAACACAUAAAGGACAAAGAUGCCUAAAUACCAAGUCAAAGCAAGCAAAAGUUAUAAUCAAGAAAGCUGAAAGAAUGAAUUUUUUAAAAUAUCAAAAAGUAUGA